AUGAUUACAAUGAAAAAAAGUUUCAAAGAAAAAAAUCAUUUUAUUAUAAACUAUUUUAGAAAAUCACCAUUUUACAGUUCAGUAAGUGUUCAGAAUUUUGAUCUGAAAGCCAAUCAACAACUUCUACUGAGUAAUGUCAGUAUAGUAAACAAUGAAAAUGCAAUUCUCAAUGGGAGCUUAAAUUUUAUGAGAAACUUCGAGAAUUUUGCUGUCAUCUGUUGUGCUUGCAAUGAUCCCAAAAACAAAGUACAGCUGAAGAAAUCCAUAUGGUUCUCAAGCAUAGGCAUUGAGAUGCGUGAUUUUGUCGACUACUGCAACGAAGAAAAGGAUGAAUCAUUGAUUGAAAAAAAAAAGAAAAUUUUCGAAGAAAUUGCAAAAUUGGAGUGCCCCGUUAUUCUGAAAGAUAAGAAUACCAUCCUUGUCGAACCGGAUGUAGCCCCCAAAAAAGUUGUCAACUCGGCCAAAAGGAUGAGAUACUUUUUCAACAUAUCGGAAGUUCAUACAUGCCGAGGUUGUUCCAAGAAGAACAAAUGUAAGCGAUUUUUGCAGAAAUACGCAGGCGAACCCGAUUUCUCUGACUUCACUCGAAUAAUGAUAGGAUUCUACAACAUAUGCAAAGUCUACACAAGAAGAAACGAAACAGACAGAGCAGAGCUGCGACACAUAGUGGAAAAGGUGAAUCACUUCCACUUUGCACUGUUUUAUAUAUAUAAUUACCUCCUGAAGCACAAGCAUUUCAAUUAUAAUGUUGUUGAGGAAGGGAACAGAAGUGAUAUACUGAACUAUUUGAAGUCAAGAAGGAGAAACUUGCUACUACUAAAAAAUCAAAGAAAGCAAGAAAAAAUUAUGAACAUUCCAAGGGAAUACUGCGAUGUGAUUAUCCCAACAGACAAGGCUAAAAUGAAAAAGAGACAGAGGAAUGUCUUUGAAAAAUUGCAUAAAUUUCGGAAAAAAACUGAAAUCGCACAGGAUGAUGAAAAGUUCAUAUGGGUGGAAGAACAGGAAGAAGAAGACGAGCAGGGAAAUCCAAGCGAUGAAGAUUAUGAAAAACAGGUUCACACACAUUUAACAAAUAAGAAUGAGAUGAUGAAGAUGACCGAUGAAGACAAUUGUCUAAUCGAAAUACAAAAUGAAAAUAAGCAUAUGCCAUCAUUUCGUUUUCAAUAUAUAUUAAAAACAGAGAAAGAUCAUAUAUCGAACGAGGUUCGAAAUUAUAACAAGAUAUACAAUAAGUACACCAGCUUGCUGGAAAAAGGAGUGUUUAUCAAUUUGGACGAUAUAAACGUGGAUGAGGACAUAGUCAAGUCUGAAAAUGUUCUUUUCAAAAUUCCUGAUAUCGUCGGAGGAUAUACAUUCAUAAACUAUAUUGAGGAUCAGCCUAACAAUUAUAUAUUUCCUAUUAAUGAAAAUCUUUACAAGGGAAUUCAAGUGUACAAGAAGGAGGAAAUAAAUUUGGGGAACUUCUGGAAUGAUAUAGAAAACGAGUCCUUACGAAUUCGAAAAAUUGGGUUCUAUAACCCUUUUAAUAUAAAACAGAAUUUGGAGAUAGAGAAACAGAAGAGGGAAAACCUCCCCCCUGGAUCCCGAACUGUUCACAAAAAGCAUGAGGAAAUCACCGAAUUGGAAGAUGACCUGUCAAGCUUUCAAGAAUACGUGCACAAUAAGAAACGACAAGAUGGGAAAUGGCAGAUCAGGGAGAGGAGACGCAUGAAGAUAGAAUCCGAUUCAUUGUAUUCUACAUCUGCCAAUAUGGAUAGAACAAACUGUGAGCAUUUGAAUGAUGAAAAAGAUGAAGAUGCUCGAUUUGCUUAUUUUAAGAAACUAAGAAACGAGGAACCUCAUUUGGAUCAACAUAUAGAAGUGAAGGAAGAAUUCAACAGUAUUUACAAUGACACGUAUAAUGACAAAGGAGAAUCCAACAGGUCUUAUCUGCACACGUACCAUAUAAGGAGAAAACUGAGUGAUGAUGAAAAAGCCAUUCAAGGGAUCACGAUGCAUGAAAUCAAAGCUGAAAAAAGCAAUCUCAUUCAAAGUGAUAGGAAGGAGUUGAAGGAUCAAUCUUUUUACAUAUGCAAGAAUGUGAAAUUCCCUGAGUUAAACCAAGAAGAAGACUUUGGAAAAUCGGAAAAUCAUAGAAAAUUCCUUAACGAUCAGCUUAAGCAGUAUAUUCGUCCAUCUGUUCAGAAACGGAAUUCAAAUACACCGGAGUUGACAGAAGAAACUAUCGAAGCUCAUUCAUCGUCCAGAAAAGGGUCUCAAAGUUUGCAAAUCUUUUUAAAGAAAAAGAAAAAACAUUUCAAAAGGGAUGCAAAUGCACGUGCAGAUUAG